AUGGCCUUCAAUCCAUGUCUCUCUCUGCUCUUCCUCUUCCUUCUCACUCGCUUGGUCACCUCCGCUUCUUCUUCUUUCAUUUCUCAUGACGUCCUUCAAUCUCAUGAAUCUACUGGUCGUACCCUCCUCCAGACCAAAAAGAGUUGCCUUGUGAACUUUGAAUUUUUGAAUUACACAAUCAUCACAAGCCAGUGUGAAGGACCCCGCUACAUAAACCUCUAUGGAAAAUACCCACCUAGCCUGUUUGUUAGUGAGUGUCGAGAAGGAAAGGAAGGUCUGGAGUGUCCUGCUCAGGCACCAUCAACUGAAUCUACUAAAGAUUCUGUUAAUGCAAGCAGAGGUCAGAUAGUCUCUUCUUACUCAAUGCUGACACUGUUGGUUGGCUUCCUAGUGUUAUUAUUCCACUUGUCUUGA